CCACCAUCCAGCUGCAUGCGUCGUAGAUAUUAGUGGUAUUGCAUAGCACGAAGCACUACAUCAAUAAUCGCAUGAAGAUAAGAAUCACUCGGUUUGCGUUUGCAACAAUCGGAUUGAUGUAUAUUUGAAUCUGUCUUUUCAAACCUUUCCUCUGUCGCCAAAAACGAAAACAGGCGUGUCGUUUCUCCUCCCGAACCCUCGCUUAGAUAGUUGUAAUCCCUUUUUUACUUUGCGCCCCCAUCUUGCUUGAUACGUAUUCCCAGUAUAAUGGCGUUUUGGAAAGUUUUUUGAGAUGGUAAUUUUUUUUGAAAACUAUGCAUCAAGUCACCUCGUCCGCAUGUCUUUACGUACCUUGUUUAGCGAUGCUCGAUAGAGCAGCGUAGCAGACUACCCUAGGAAUCGUGUAUUUAAAGGUUGAGUCGUUUUUUCUCGUCCGAGAAUCUAAAUCUAUCUUCGUAAUUGACUUUACUGAACAAUACGACUUCAAGUCUCUCGUCGUAAGUAGAUCAAGAACGACCAUGGAAAGCGUAAGCCAGUUUUUUGGUGAUGCCUACACGGCUGUUCUUGGUGGCCCAGGCGACGAUGAUGAUGAACUAGAGAAGCGCAGAGCAGCUCAGAGACGAAAAGCCGAACACCUUCGCCAUCUAGCCAAGCAACAAGCGAUACAACGGAAUCAACAGCGUGAAAACAGGAGACAGAGGAGGCCACAGGAACUGAACAGAGAUGGUGGGGAGCAACAUCAAGGAGUUGUAGAGGUGAUCGACGAGGAUGGCGCAAUAGUGAGGAUGAUGACGGGAGUGAGAAGAUCGGCUGUUGUCGGUCGUGGUGGUCCUAGUAAUGAAGCUGGUGGAGGUGCCAGUGCUAGUGGAGGUGCGUCCAGUGCUGGUGGGUAUAGAAACGUUGUCAACCGUGAGACGAUAUUAGCGCGACAAGAAGCCCAAGAUCGGGAUCGACCUGAUAGAGAUCGGGAUGGAGGCAAUCAGAGUUCUGGCGCGUCGUCCAGCAGUAGCAAAUCUAGGUCGCGACGGCCGAUGGAACAAGAUCGGGCCGGUUUCGAUCAAGGUCCAAGACCAAAGGCAGGCGCUGCAUCUUCGAGGCCUGCCAGACCCGCUUCUUCCUCUUCAUCUGCCUCGUCAAGUGGUGCUGUCAGAUCGGACGGUGGGCAACAUGUCCGGAGCAGACCCACACAACGAACUGGAGCUGGAGAUGCAAAGACUAAUAUCAAUACAACUACGAGGACAAGAACAAGUACUCGAGAAGUAAACACGACAAACAACAGGUCACCGCUGGUGCCAUCAAGAAAGGGUGGAGAUCCGAGACCGAAGCACAUGUCUACUACAACGACUUCGCCAGGCGUCGUGCCCACAUCGUCAUCAAGCAGUAUAGGUCCUCCGCAAGGCAGCCAACAUACUCUAGAGGACCCCUCACCGUCUCAAGCAUCUUCUGCGCAGCAAGCUGCACAAGGAAAAUGGCCUGGAGCAGUUGGAAGUUCAUCAGGUUCUACUGGAGGUGCCACUCCAAACAAGAAGCAAACAACUGGCACCAGCACGCCGACGCCUCGUCCAGACGAGAAGAAUAAAGGUGAUAGGAUGUCUCCAGAGGAGUUCAAGAACAAAUACAGCUGGAACUACCUCGAGAAGGAAAAAGCUCAAGAAUACUCUAGCUGGAAUCCAGCGUUCUGGGUACCUGCAGCCUUGAAAACCACGACUACAGCAGUGGGAACUGCUGGCAUCACUCUAGCCUACGGUCUGGGCAAUGUCCAGCGAGCGCUCACUGGAGACGCGCUGAACGAUCAGACGCUUAUGAGGGCUGCGAUUAGCGGGUUUCUGAGGUUGAACGGGAUUUCCGUGACAGUGUCCUAUCCUAAGAACGAAGACGCGGAGAGCCUGACUUUGAGUCCUUUUAUGGUCUGCAACCACAUCAGCAACGUCGAUGGCAUGGUGGUGACCAGCGAACUCGACUACCCACGCGUGAUGGCGAAGCUGGAAAUCAGAAGCGUUCCUAUGAUCGGCGAUUACAUGAACGACAUGGGUGCGAUUUGGGUGGAGCGCGAGUCCGCAGACGGUAGAAGUGCAGCUAUGAAGGCCAUUCAAGACCACAUUGACUGGUGGAGACCGGGCAAAAAAUCCAUGCUAGUCUUCCCGGAAGGUUCUACAACCAGUGGCAACUCGGUUGGCGAGUUCAAGAAUGGAAUAUUUAGGCCAGGAUUGCCAGUGAGACCAAUAGUUUUGCUGUAUUUUGGAGCCACGGAUUUGUCAUCGCCGAUGUUCAAGAUUGAUCCAGGAACGAACCAGAUAGAGGAGUUUACGGACAAAGAAUGGCUCACGUCUAGCUGGCUCCAGAGCGGAUUUACGAGCGUUUUGAUCAAGGUAAUCAUUAUCUAUCAUGAUAUGUUUUGUUCUUCUAGUUUUCUAUUUUUCUUCUUUGAACAAGACUUGAAAUUUGAGUUCCGAAAUAUCGAAAAUCUUCGACAAUCACGACUUUCCUGAUCAGACAGUCCUUUCAACAAACUCUCAAACCUCAAUCUCCACCAGGUCCUCCGCAUCUACCAUCCGAACGAACAAGAGCGCAAAGAUGCUACUCUCUUUGCCACCAAUGUCCAGCAGUACAUGAAAUACGAGUACGACCGCCUAAGAAGGAAACACGCUGAAUACGCGAAAAAACGCAAGAAGGACCUCGAAUACUAUGGUCUCGGUUGGACAGUACAGGAUGGUGAAGAUCUCGUCUGCAUCAACAAAGCUGUCAAAGGCCACAACUUUCGGCCGUAUAGCGACGAAGAACUAGCUAGGGCCAAAGCUGCGAUCAUCACGCGACGAGCUAAGAUGAGAGCGGAGCAGUUGGAGAAGGAAAGGAAAGAUCGAGAGGAUGAACGACUGAAACGACAUCUGCUGGAGCAGGAAAAACAAGUCCUUUUGCCACAACAAGGAGGUCAGUUAAGCCAAUCCAGUGCUAGUAGUACAAGGAGUAGAAUAGGCGGAGCUGGAGGAGGUCAGUUAGGUCCUAGAAGAGGCUUAGGUUCUGCAGAUGCGCCUCGUACAGCAUUUUUCCCGAGGCAAAAAGAGCAGCCCCAGAACAACAGAACUUCAGCUUCAGUGUCGGUCGAACAAUAUCUCGGAACCACGACUUCCGACAUUGACGGACCAUCAUCGCGACCGAGAACGCCUCUGGAACAUACAGGUGGGAUAUCAGGUGUGCAAAUCCUUGAUGAUGAACGAGGUGGUCCUCCUCCUCGUGGAGGAAAACAGAAUAAGCAAAGUAGGGGAGGAGAUCGAGAUGGGACUGCGAGUAGUUGUAGCAAACCUCCUCAAGUUCUUUCAGGUCAAGAACUUGGCAGCCUUACUCGGCAACCUCUUCCUCCCUCACAAGGUGCGUAUCCGCCUCAACCUCUUCCUCCUCCAUCAUUCACUUCUGCUACGCAGUUGUCCGAGAAGGAGAAGACUAGUCAAAAACUUACAGGCAACAGCCUCGCAGAGUAUCAGCCUGCUCCUCGUCGUCGCUCUAGCACUGCUUCGUCAGGGUUCGUCGAGGCGCCAUCGUCUACCGUGUCCUCAGUGGAGGAUAGGAUCGUAGACGCGGCUGACCAAAUGUUCGAUUCAUCUAGUGCGUCUCAGCCACUACAUGAUUCUCGUUCCCUUGGGUUCCACCCUUGUUCCGCUGCCUCACCGGGACCGGAAGACUGCGCCUAUUCUCUCUCUUCGCCGUCUCCAGACAGGUAUGAUGAGGAGGAUAUGGAAAAGUUGUUUAGGAGGAUGAAUAGUACCCGUGAGUCACGUUUAGGCGAACUACAGGCCGAGUUGGAGGCUCAGAGAAAGGCGGAUCAGGAAGCCUAGACUCCAAAAACUACUCAUCUAUGUACUCACAAGAUCGAUGCCCCAUACAACAAAAACUUCCCCCACCUUGUGAUAUUUGUGACGGCUUGUUGCGACAAUUGAUUCACAUCAAUGUCGAUGGCGAU